UCAAAGAAUUGGAAACUCUCAGAGUGGCCUCUCUCCAACUCUGCAUCCAAGUGUUCAUGCUGAAGUUUGUAUGCGACUCCGAGGACCGCUCAUAAUCCGAAACAGUCCUCCAAGAGCUGAACAAUGAAACCUGUGUUAGUCCUCCUUGUUUCCACAGCCUGGGCUUUUGCUGAAGCGCAGUACUACUACCAGGGGUUGAUGGAAUAUUUGGAGAAUAGAAUAUUGGCUAUUGAGGACCGCAUGCACCUUUGGCAUGAGGAAACGCACCGCUCCCUCACCGAGCUGCAGGAUUUGAAGAAGCAAACAUCUGAAACCGUAGACGCGCUGAGCCGAGAGCACAGCGCGCUGCUCAAAGGCCUGGAAGAAGCCAGGGUCCGAGUGGACAGGGUGGAGGGGGAGAUGGACCGCGUGGAGGCCCGGACUCAGCCUCGGGCGUGCGCGAGGAAGGCGGAUAAAGUGGUGGAGCAGGGGUCCUGGGAGCUGGAGCAGAGCAGAGGGAUGGAGGAUGAGAAGGGAGACUGGGAGGAGCUGCACUCCAGGGUCUCGGACUGUGUGGAAAUCAUCUCUGGCAUACGAUCAGUGAAGAUCCUGAAGAGGCUGGGCGGUGCCAAGGGCAUGUGGACCAGGGACCCAAGGUCGUCCAAGGUCUUUGUCUUCAACGGGACAACGGGGGACAGCGUCUUCCAGUUCAAGUCCGUGCACGACCUCUCCCGCUCUGACGGCGUCUCCAGCGGCAGACGGGUCCGGCUGCCGUCCGACUGGACGGGUCCGGGCGGCGCCGUCUAUAACGGCUCCCUGUAUUACAUAAAGCAGGAGGCCUCCGGCGCGGUGGAGGUGGUCCGGUACCCCCUGUCGGGCGGCUCGCUCACGGACACGGCCAUCGUCCCCGUGGACGGCCGCGCCGCCGUCUACGGCCUCAACCCGGAGACGCCGGCGGACCUGGCGGCGGACGACGAGGGCCUGUGGCUCCUCUACGCCGGCGGCGGCGCCGAGCCCAACAUCAACCUGGCCAAGAUGGACCCCGGCACUCUGGAUAUAGAGCAAAUGUGGGACACGCGGUGCCCGAGGGAGAACGCGGAGGCGGCCUUCGUGGUCUGCGGGACGGUCUACGUGGUCUACAACACGCGCGCGGCCAGCCGCUCGCGGGUGCAGUGCGUGUUCGACGUCAACGACGUGGUGGUCGCGGAGGAGGCGCCUCUGCUCUACUUCCCCAGGAGGUACGGGGCGCACGCCAGUCUGAAGUACAACCCAGAGGAGAGGCAGCUCUACGGCUGGGAUGACGGCUAUCAGAUUAUGUACAGACUGAGCAUGAAAAGGAAGCUCCUGGCGUGACAGCGGGGACAGGAUUUUAUAAAAAGCAAGCAAAAAAAUGUCCAUGUUACGACUUUUUAAAAUUUUUUUAUUAUAUAAUAUUUUAAUAAAUAUUUUGAUUUAAGGUGCUGGAGUGGGUGAGCUUCACAUUCCCAGGUUAGCUGGCAGCGAAGAAAGGUUUUAUUGAUAGAUGUGCUUUGGUUUUUAAAAUGAACAAUGUUCUGUUUACCCUUCUGCAAUAAAACAUAUACAGAAUAUAUGUAUAUAUACUGUCAACUACUUACUGAUGGCGGCAACAGCUUUGAUAAAGCAAUUUUGUAUUAUGGUCUGUUGUAUUAUGGAACCAUCUUUACAGGUCUGCAGGAAAUACAUUAAUAGAAUAACUAUAUAUUAUGUUGUCAGGCUGGGAUUUAUUGCAAAUAACAUGAGGCCAUGUUUAUCUAAGUUCUUCAUGAUGAGGAAUUGUUCCUGGACACUCUGAAAAAGUGCCUAUUUAAUAUAAAUCUUCAAAACCAGUGUUUAGACUUGACUACUGUGACCGGCUGCUCUUUUGAUUCAUUCCUUGUUACUGGGUGAUGAACCAUGAAGCUGAGCGGAACCCGUUCCAAAGUGACACAUUGCAUUUUUACAAGCGAUUGUCAGACUUAGGCUUUGUAGAACACAGAGGGGCACAUGAAGGUACCGUUACUUGUUAUUAUACUUGAUAUAUUGAGUUAUACGUCAACCCAAACCCUGCAUGAUAAUGACGAUAAAAAUGAUUCUUCUAUAAAACAAAGUUAUCAGCAAAUCUGUCCAGAGAGGA